AUGCCAUUUGGAGUGUGCAACGCCGCACAAACCUUCCAAUGUUUCAUCCACGAUGCCACUCGUGGCCUAGAGUUCGCUUAUUCCUACCUCGAUGAUAUUUUAGUAGGCAGUUCAUCGGAACAAGAGCACCUCGAGCAUCUUCGAACUCUCUUCCAGCGCUUGACCCAACACGGUAUCACAGUCAACCCGACUAAGUGCGAACUCCGCAAAUCAACGGCAGACUUCCUAGGCCACCUCGUUUCAUCGUGUGGUAUCGAAGUCCAUCCUGAUAACAUCCAGGCAAUCAAGGACUUCCCAGCUCCGACUUCAUGCAAGCACCUCCAUCGAUUUUGUGGUUUGGUCAACUACUAUCGACGCUUCAUUCCGCGCUGCGCUCAGCUCAUGCAGCCUCUGACCGACCUACUCAGAGGGAAUGAACGUAAGUUCGCUUUCCCUGGCACAGCACAGACAGCCUUCGCCGAGCUCAAGGAUGCUAUCUCCAACAUAGCCCUCCUCGCUCAUUCCAAAUCGACUGCUCCCCUUUCUAUUACGACUAAUGCCUUAAACGUCGCGGUAGGAUCCGUCCUCCAGCAACAUGUUGGUGGGCAAUGGCAACCCCUUGGGUUCUUCUCCAAGCGCCUGAAACCAGCGGAAUCCCGCUACAGCACGUUUGGCAGAGAACUGCUCGCCAUUUACCUAGCCAUUCGUCACUUCCGGCACACACUCGAAAGCCGCGCUUUCACG